AUGAUCCAAAGGAGUUUCUUCGCUUGCCUGUUUCUCUGCAUGUGCAGUUCGGGCUCUUCGCUACGCUGCAGAUGGAUUAAUCAUAAAUUCAGACAGCACAGCGAAGAAACUUUGAAUCUACUCGAUAUGAUGAUUACCAGCACUGCUGAGGAUGCUGAGAUAGAGGACACAGUGCACUUCCCUAAUCACCUCUACCACCAGGCCUCCACAGCAACAGCUGAGGAGAAACUGGCUUUCACAGCUCAGAUUCUGGAGGAGGUGGCUGCCCUGUUUGAGGAGGAUCACAGCUCUGCAUCAUGGGAGGAGAGCACAGUGAGGAACUUUCUCAAUAUUGUGAACAAACAGGCUGAAGAGCUUCGCUCCUGUUUUGGAAGCCACAGUCACGGGACAAAGAAGAGCGAGCAGCUGUAUUUCAAGACAGAAAUGUAUUUCAAGAGACUCUCAGAUCAUGUCCUAAAGAGACAGGGUCACAGUGCUGAAGCCUGGGAGCUGAUCAGGAGAGCAGCCAGAGACCAUCUAAUGAGAACAGAACACCUGACGUCAUCUCUGCGCCCCGCCCACUAA